UGUGUCUGUAGACAGCAAAACAAGUUUCUGGCAUCAAAACCUGUAUCUUGAAGUACAUUUUUGACAGGCUAUACAGAAUAAAAAUGGACACAGAGCUAAUGCAAAAUCUGUGUUUAAAUCUGGUCUUGCUGGGAAGAACGGGAGUUGGGAAAAGUUCAUCAGGAAACACAAUAUUGGGACGAAAAGCUUUCAUCUCAGAGAGCAGCUCCACUUCUGUCAAACACAAUGUAGCUGUUGAAAUCGGUAAUAUUUGUGGAUUACCGAUCAAAGUUUAUGACACACCAGGAUUUUCUGAUACAGAGUUGAGUAAGGAAGAUCUUUGGAAAUAUGAAGAAAUUCUUCGGAAAUGUGAAUCAGGCCUGUGUGCGUUUCUGCUGGUUCUCCAGGCAGACAGAUUCACUGAAGAAGAUCAGGAAGCUCUGGAGAAGAUUGAGGUGCUUUUGGGAGCAAAGCAUAUACAAAACACCUGGAUUCUCUUUACAAGAGGAGAUGAACUUGAAGAAGAAAAGAAGACCAUAAAUAAAGUCAUCAAAGAAACUGAAUACUUGAAGACCCUUGCUCAGAAAUAUGAGGGCAGAUGCCAUGUGUUCAACAACAAGCAUAUAAGAAGACAUGAUGAUCAAGUGAAUUCUCUGAUAUCUAGAGUUUUCCACAGAAACAUAGAGACUCUGCCAAAAAGACAAAGAACUUCAGUCAACAUCCCUGUCAACCGUCAUUUAUCCAGAAGAAUUGUGCUGCUGGGUAAAAGUGGUGUUGGGAAGAGUGCAGCUGCAAACACAAUACUGGGACAGACAGUGUUUGAAUCUACAGUUGGCUCAAUUUCAGUGACCCGUGAAUCUUCAGUGAAACAUGCCACUGUUUCAGGCAGAUCUGUGUCUGUAGUUGAUACUCCUGGAUUAUUUGACACACAGAUGAGCUCUGAGCAGUUAAUGAUGGAGAUAGCCAGAAGUGUUUAUUUAUCCAGUCCUGGACCUCACGCUUUUCUCAUUGUGUUUCCUGUGAAUAGAUUCACUCAGCAGGAGGAAGAGAUUCCUCAGAUGAUUGAGAUGUUGUUUGGUGAAGAAGUGUUGAAAUACUCCAUGAUUCUCUUCACUCAUGGAGAUCAGCUAAAAGGAAGGUCCAUAGAAGAAAUCAUUGAGGAGAACAGCAGAUUAAAACGUCUAGUUGAUCAGUGUGGAGGCAGAUUUCACGUCUUCAACAAUGAAGAUAUGAAUAACAGACAGCAGGUGAAUGAUCUACUGCAGAAGAUUGACACAAUGAUAGAGCAGAAUGGAGGAGGACACUACAGUAAUCAGAUGUUUGAAGAUGCUCAGAGAUUCAGACGAGAGGAAGAGAUUAGGAGAUUAAGACAGGAGACAGAACAGAGAAUCAGAGCAGAGAUACAGCACGAGAACAAUGAGAGACAAGAACAAGUGGAGAUUCAAAGACGAGAGGAGAUUGAGAGAGUGAGAAUGAUGACAGAGGAGAGAAUCAGAGCAGAGUGUGAAACUCAAAUGGUGUCUGAAAUGAGAAGAGUUGAGAGACAGAGAGAGGAAGAGGCGAGAAAACAACAAGAGGAGAAACAAAGACGUGAUGAGAUUGAGAGAGUGAAAAGGCAGAAAGAGGAGAGAAUCAAAGUAGAGAUACAGUAUGAGAUUAGUCUGAAACAACAAGAGAAAAAACAAAAUACAAAGUGUGAAGAAGGAAGUGGAUUUAAGAAGUUUUUUUCCAAGUAUUGGAAACACUUUUUAAUGGGCAUUGCAGCUGGUGCUAUAAUUGGUGGUGGAGCUGGUGGAGCUGUUGGUGGAAUUGUUGGUGGAGUUGUUGGUGGAGUUGUUGGUGGAAUUGUUGGUGGAGUUGUAGCCUUAAUUGUUGGUAAAAGGCAGGGGCGUCACUAAUGGGUGGAAAGAAUGUUGGGUAACACUUUACAACACUGGUGCACUAAUAGGCAUU